AAGGACUUCAUUCUCAUCGCCUCCUCUGCGUUGCUCUCGCCGGCGAUCGCCGGCCAUCGGAACGGUCUCCGAGAUCGGGACGAUGGUUUUCUAUCAUCCGUAUCUCUAAUCGUUUGUCCUCGAUUUGUUUCGCAUUGGCUUGCUGACAAGUAUCUUCAUCCGAUGUACUGCAUUCCUGCUACCUAAUGUAGUUUCUAGCUAUGAAGAAGGAAAACAUGGUUAGUGGAUGUGGAUUACCUACUGGUCGAAUUACAAGGUCCCGAGCUGCGGCUCUUUGUCGGAGAGCCGAGGUUCUUCCUUUGGAACAGCCAACUGCAAAGCCUGAUGAGACACAUGUGCAAGGAGGGAAUUCAAAGAGAGCAGUGUUGGAUGACAGCACUUGUGCAGCAUCUCACACUGCAGUUUUAAAGCAUAAAAAGAGAGCUGUUCUCAAGGAUGUUAGCAAUGCAUGCUGUGAAAGUUCAUGUGAGAACUUGACUAGUGCAGCAGGAAUUCAGGCUAUGGGCAUCUUGCAGGCUAAAUCAGCUCCCUCCAAAUCAAAGUCUCGUAGGGGAUCAAAGAAUUCUAAGUUAGGCUCCAUUUCUGAUGGACCUGUGAUGGGUAAGGAUGCCAGAAAAAAUAAAAUACCAGAACAAGUACAGGAGGAGGAGUUUUCUGAAGAAGAAGAAAGGACGGGUGAUUUGGUGGAUUCAGAAGAAACUGUGCUAAUACCGCAGGUUGCUGGGAAGAGCACAUUUGACAAGACUUCGAUUCAGAAAUGUAACAGGAAAGAGGAACCUGGGCUUUUACAUGAUUUAACAAAUGCUGAAGAAAGAGAGCUUGAGGACCCAAGAAGCUUGAAUCCAUUGGAAUUCACAGAUAUUGAUGUUGAUCAUGCAAAUCCGCAAAUGUGCAGUCUUUAUGCAACAGAUAUCUAUACUAAUUUGCGAGCCAAUGAGCUUAUCCAAAGGCCUUCUUCAAACUUUAUGGAAAUAAAGCAACAUGAUAUCAACCAGAGGAUGCGGGGGAUUUUAAUUGAUUGGUUAGUAGAGGUUUCGGAGGAAUAUAACCUAGUUCCAGAUACACUGUAUCUCACAGUGCACAUCAUUGACUUAUUUCUCACUGAAAACUAUAUUGAAAGAUCAAGACUUCAACUACUUGGAAUCUCCUGCAUGCUAAUUGCAUCGAAAUACGAGGAAAUAUGUGCUCCUCGAGUAGAACAAUUCUGUUUCAUCACUGACAACACUUAUACCAAAGAAGAGGUGCUGAAAAUGGAAAGCCAGGUGCUAAACUAUAUAGGAUUUCGCUUAUCCGUGCCUACCAUUGAAACAUUUCUCAGGAGAUUCAUUCGAGCUGCGCAAGCUUCACAUCAGGUUCCUGCAUUUACCUUGGGACAUUUAGCAAAUUAUCUAGCAGAGUUGACACUGGUUGAGUACUGUUUUCUAAAGUUCCUUCCAUCAGUCAUUGCUGCAUCUGCUGUGUUCCUUGCCAGAUGGACAUUGGAUCAGUCCACACAUCCAUGGAAUUCUACUCUCCAGCAUUACACCUCUUACAAGUCUGUAGAUCUUAAACCAGCAGUUCUUGAAAUGCAAAUCUUGCAGACAAACAAUCAAAACUGCUCCCUGAAAGCUAUCCAUGAAAAAUACAAGCAACCAAAGUAUGAGUCUGUAGCUACUCUCACUUCUCCAGAGCUCCUGCAAUCCCUUUUCUGCUGAUAAACUGAACUUUUUUGCCUUUCGUUUUUGAAGAUUAGUUAAUGAAGACAACCUUGUAACUCAGGAACUAUUUAAUGUUCUCUAUGUGCUAAUAUGUAUCAGUUUCUCCCCAUCUUGUCAUUAAUACUUUUGAAGCUUUUGUAAAACAAAAAAUGACCAACAGACUUCAAACUUUUGUUGUGUGUUAAAGUGAACAUAA